CAGCGGAUAUCCCCCUCUUUCUCCUCCUCUUUCCAAUCUCCUCCAAUCGAGUUCAGUCAUGGCGCACUCAACACUGGGCCAGGUGCUGUCCAUACCAGAGCUCCUAGUCCAAAUCCUAGGCCACCUAGACGUCCGAACCCUCCUCAUAGCCCAACGAGUAUGUCGAACCUGGGCGACCCAGAUCCAACGAUCCACAUACCUACAACAAGCCCUCUUCCUAGCCCCAGCGCCCUCCACCGAGAUUCCCAUAUAUAACCCCCUCCUCCGCGAGACCUUCCCCUCCUUCUUCCCGGACAUCGACGACCAAAACCCCUCCUAUCUCCGAACCCCAGGGGACUGCUUCCCACCCCUAAACAUCCCCUCCGGACCAUCCUACCCCGAGGGUCUACCUGCCCCCGAAGCCCCUCACGACCAUCCCAUCGUCGACGACGCCGCCCGGGCCGGAAUCUUCUACGGCCGCCUAGGCCCCAUGGCGUAUCCCUUCCGACGACCCGCCUGGUGGCGUCGUGAGGCCAGCUGGCGACGCAUGCUCAUCCAACAACCCCCCCUGCCCCAUCUCACGGUUCUCCGCUUCUGGGCCAAUUCCCAGGAUCGCACGUAUGCGGUCUGGCGCAUCCCCGGCACGAUCAACGACAUCUCCACGUUGGAGCGAUACGCGCGUACCUUCGACUGGCCGCAGUGCCAGAAUCCCCAGCGGGAGGAAUUCGAGGGAACCGCCGGGGUGCGCAUGGGUCUUCUCUUCGAUUAUCUGAGUUGCGAUCUGGAUCUUUCCCGGUGGGCGUUGAUGUGGGGACGGAAGGCCCCGAUCUCGCUGGCGCGCGAAUGGGGGGAUGCGUUUGUGGAGGUUUACGAACGGGUCGCGGCGGAUGGCGAUUUCGUUAUUUUGACGGAUGAGGCGUUGUGGAGGCGGAGGGAUGAUGAUGCUGAUGUUCUGCCGUGGACGUCGAGUGUCACGAAUCCGAGAAAUAGGAUUGUCGAGGAGUAUCGACAGUCGGGGCUGAUUCGGGAUUGGAAAGCGUCGUAUAUUAUGCGGGUGAAGCCGGAGAGAACGGGCCAUUUUGAUUAUUUGCCUGUUGUGGUGUGGUUGGAUCCGGAGGAGGUGUCGUAUAUGGUCCAGUUGCAGAUGUUGCAUGUGUCGCGUUCCAGUGAUGAUUUGUUGUUGGCUAUGGGGCGUUGAUUAUUUACUUAGCAUGUUUGGAUGUACAUGGGGUGUCAUUGUGAUUUGGAUCGGGGUUGAGUUGGGUGGAAUAAAUUGGCACAAUGGAGGACAAAGAAAGUUGACCAAGACGUGCCCAUUGGUAGGUGUCAAAGGACCAUGCUUUGUGUAACCCCAGGAAAGAUAUCGCGGCAGGUGUCUGGCUAUCAAGUCUAAUUCUGGUCGCGCCAGCCG